AUGGCAUUCGCAGGGAAACGCAACGCGCAAGAGCUCAAGAAGCUGGAAAAGACUGAUGUCAAGAUAUCAGAGGCGAGACUCUUCAACGCAUACGGCAUCCAAAUCGAGUAUCCGUUGGAGUUCAUGCCACAGGUUCUCUCGGACUAUUGGUACGCGAAGACGAGAAAAUUAAUAUCGAUGUCUGCGGCGAGAGUGGUCCUCGUGUCCGGUAGAUUUCCACAAGCACUGUACGACCAGUAUCUCAAGCUGAACAACGUCAACGCGACCGAGGUCAAACUUGGACAUGGCAUAGGACGGAUAGGGUGGCUGGAACGUGAUGUUCACGGGAAGCUAAGCCGCAUCGUCCUCUACAUCAACCACCCGGAGUGCUUCAAGAGGUAUCGAGCCCACGUUACCACGAAGGCUCAACAUCGGCAAGCCCUCCGAGAACGUCUUGUAGACCUGACAAUGGUCUACUUUGGGCGGCCGGUCUCUCUGCCCGCCUUCCUGUCCACGACGCAGACAUGGCACCAACGUUCGACUGGACAGCUCGUCCCGCUGCGCGUAUUUACCGACUUCCUCGAAGGCGAUAGCGACGAGACAGAGCUGAGGACAGCACUGACGUGGCCACGAACUCCAUCUGGCUUUGAGUGCCUCCGCGACUGGCUUCAAGGUCGGUCGUUUACCGUUGCAGAGAUUUUAAAGAUCGCUCUAGUCUACAAGGUGCACACCAUAGCCGGUAAGGACUGUCGGAAUUUUUUCCAGAGCGCCGAGAUGGUUGCGCUGUCUGGGCCAAGGGCAGCUACGUUUGAAAAGGCCAUGGAGCAUAUGUGGGACAACACCGCGCUGAUCGAAGAAGACGACGACGACGGAGAAGAGGAACCUAUAAGGAAGAGGACCAGGGUGACUGGCGUCAAGGCCGGCCUCUCCAAGGAAGGGUACGACCGCCAGACCUACAAGGUGUUCCAGAGGAAGUUCGCCAACGGUGACGACAUGGCCAAACAGAGGCUAGAUAAGAAACGCCAGACAAGUCGUGAUUGGCACGCCGCACAGAAGGCGAAGGUCGAUGCUAUGGAUGGGAAGACACCAGUUGACAAUCCGUUCGACGAGAAGAAGGGGCCGAGUGAGUCUCUAGAGUCAGGGCGCCGGUCGAGAGCCCUCCGCGAUCAGAAGAUCGCAGCAGGGGAUCCUAAGGCUAUCGCGUCCAAGAAGCGACAGAGGGAGCAGCAGGCCAAGUGGACUCAGGCCCAGAAGGACAAGGUCAAGGCGUUUGACUUGCAGCAUGCUGAGAAUCAGAAGAAAGCGGAGGACGAGAAGAAUCAGGAGAAGAACUGA